AUGAGCUUGUCAGGAGUAACCAUACCUUCGAAGACAUCGAUCUCGAUGCUUGGGAUUACUAUCAGCAAUAACCUUUCUUGGGAAAAUCACGUGAGAUCAAUUGCUAAAAGUGCACCCCAAAAACUUGGUUUUGUGUUUCGGGCCAGGAACUAUUUCACUUUUAGUCACCUGGUUAUGAUCUUCAAGGCACAGAUACGACCUGUCCUGAAAUACUGUUCCCAUAUUUGGAGUGCAGCACCCAAACAUAUCCUGAAACUGUUGGAUUCUGUCCAAAAAAGAACAAUUCUUCUCGUGGGUGAUGCAUCACUCACAAACUCACUCACUUCUCUGGAACACCGUAGAAUGAUCCAGUCAACAAAUAACGAGAUUAUUUUGCAUAAUGUUCCUAUCGUCACUCCAAACUGUGAUAUAGUAUGUCCUUCUCUGAGUCUUCACUUGGAGCCGGGACAACACUUGCUCAUCACAGGACCGAAUGGUUGUGGAAAGUCUAGUUUAUUCAGAAUAUUGAGUGGAUUGUGGCCUAUUUACGGAGGUGAAUUGUACACACCGAAGAAUGCCAUGUUUUAUAUUCCACAGAGGCCUUAUAUGGUGAUAGGUAAUUUAAGAGACCAAGUUAUUUAUCCUGACACCUAUGCUGACAUGAUCAACAAGCAGAUCACAGAAGAAGACUUGAGGAAAAUCAUGAGAUUGGUUCAUCUAGAUCACAUAGUAGAAAGAGAUACUUUCCAUGAAGUUAAAGAUUGGACCGAUAUUUUAUCAGGUGGUGAAAAACAGAGAAUGGCAGUCGCAAGGUUAUUCUAUCAUAGACCAAAAUAUGCCCUUCUGGACGAGUGCACAUCAGCAGUAUCGAUCGAUGUUGAGAGCCAUAUCUAUCAAAGUGCUAUCGACAUGGGGAUCACACUUCUAACUAUUACUCACAGGCCCACACUUUGGAAAUUCCAUACCCACAUCCUCCAAUUUGAUGGUACAGGCCUAUGGGAGUUCAACAGAUUGAACCACAUCAGUCGCUUGGACUUGAAAAAAGAAAAAGACGCACUAUUGAAAAAAGAAGACAGCAUAGACAGAACACAAAGACUAGAUGAACUAAAUAAAUUACUUGGUGAAGAGCUAUGA